ACGCCGUACCAAAGAUGGCUUGCAUUAAGCUGAAAAAACUGGAGACAUUUUUGCAAAGUGUUGACGAUUUCGUCAAACUGAAGGUGAAGGUGAAACUCGAGCAGUACAUGACACCGCCGCAUAUUGCCAGUCAGGUGCUCUACGAUAUUCAAACUAAGUUCAAAGAUCUGGAGGACCGAUCGGUUUUGGAUCUUGGCUGCGGUUCCGGUAUGCUUUCGAUCGGGGCGGCACUGCUUGGCGCUAGCUAUGUUAUUGGUGCGGAAAUCGAUCCAGACGCAGUGGAGAUUUUCUUAAAGAACUGCACGGAAUUCGAACUGGCCAACAUUGACUGCGUGCAGGUAGACGUAUUGCAACUGGAAACACUGUUCGGCGUUGGACAAUUUGAUAUAGUUUUGAUGAACCCACCGUUUGGAACGAAGCAAAACAGUGGUAUCGAUAUGGCUUUCCUGCACGUUGGCAUCAAGUUGGCACGUUGCGCUGUGUACUCGAUGCAUAAAUCAUCAACAAGGGAUUUCAUUCGAAAAAAAGUUGCGCAGUGGAACGUGAAAGGUACGGUGCUGGCCGAAUUGCGCUACAAUCUGGAGUCGACUUACAAGUUCCACAAGCGCUCCUCUGUGGAUGUUGCCGUUGAUUUAUGGCGUUUCGAUCUGUUGUCUGGAGGAAGGGUCGACAGCAUAGAGGCCACAACUAAAGCUGUUGUCUAGCGGUCGCACCGACAAAACUAUCACAAGUAGAAGAACUUCGCCCUCGAACGCCUCGGGACGUUGAUGAAUCGAUGGCCAACCUUUAUGAAGCGAGCACAAAAGGGAUUCACAAAACUACGAUGCACUAAAGAUGCCCAUUUUAUGCCGAAGCCGCGAACCUCUAGCCAUGAGUAUACACACUGGCAACAGCGGGAAUAAUAUAGCCCUCUCGACCGCCUCCUACAAUUACAAUUACAACUUAUUGGCAAUAAAAUAUGCGCAUCCC